AUGAAAGGAUUCGCACAGAGCUCUUCGCAAAGCAGCAUUCGGCAGCGCCGUGGUGAUUCAGAUGCGUCCUUGUAUGAGCGCGAAUCCAGUGCCAGCUAUGCCACUCGACAAAGUAGCAGACGUCAUUCCGGCGGCAGGCGUUCCAUCGGCAACUUAUUCCCACUCACAGGUGCAGGCAAUGCCAAGCACAUGCUGCACAUUGCCUCGCGCAUUUCGAAGGAUGUGAAUCUAUUGUAUGCAACCAAAGCAGAGCUUGAGCAAGCAGCAGAGGCAGCUAGGGAACAACAGGCGGAGGAAAAUGCUGCGGCUUUCACGGCAAGCCUGAUACACGAGCCAGUCGAAGAGGAAGGCUCGGAGAAGGAAUACAGCACAGGUAGCAGCACCAACAGUUCGGCCCAAGAAGAUGAAGAUAAUGUACUGGAACUUGAUAGCGACCUCGAAGAUUAUGACCACGAAGCUGCUGGAGAACGCAUUGGCUCCAUGCUGGAGAACCUGAAGUGUCAGGACCGCACUGAUAUCAUGGACUCUUUGCAUUCAUUUUAUCAGAUCCGCAGGGAAGCGGUGGAGAGCGAGAUUGCUGAACUUGAGACAUUGGAGAAGGAUUACUACGACAGGGAAGAGGAGACCAAGGAAUCUUUGAACAGUAUGGUGAAAGCUUUCGAAGCCAAAGGAAUUACUGAAGUACAAGUGCUUGUCAAGUGCAGUGCGACUCUGCAAGCUGGCGCGAAUGGCAGCUUCCGCAAGCGACAAAAGUUUUCGAAGGCGAAGGCGAAAGCCAAGAGCCGGCCUGCAACAGAGAGAAAAGUUUCUAUGGCCGAAGAGUCCCAAGAGAAGGAGCCUGAAGACGGCGAGUGGAAGCCAAAACGCUCGCUGAAGCCUUUUUUUGCAGAUGAUGUUAAGGAGGAGGUCGAGGAGGAGCCGGAAGAGGAGGAGGUGCCGGAAGCUGUCGUAAACGAGGAGGACCUGAAAGACCAAGACGUAUGGGAUCUGAACCGUGCGAGGGAGCUGUGGAGCCGGAUGAAUGAGAAGGCUGUCAAGGUGGCCGGAGGCAAAGGUUCAGCUAUUGAAAUUCUGCAGGCAAUGGUGGUGGUCCAGGAAGGCAGCGCGGAGCUGCAGCGACGAGCCGAGCUCGCCAAGAAGGCUACUGCCACCAUGAAUGCAGCCAUUGAGUUCCUCACGCGGAACUUCAAUGCCGGCAUUGUAAUUGACUUUGAGAAUCCCAAUCCUGAUGAUGAAGCAAUGGUGGAGUAUGUGAAGAGGCUGCGAAACAAAUUUUUGGCGGAAAUAGAUUUGGAUGAGACAGACGAAAUGCCAGAUGCGGAGGAGCUGGAGGAGGAAUGCCAAGAGCUAGAGCGAAUUCUUGGGGAGCAGGAUAGAGACAUUGAAGCAUUCCAGAGGCAGCGCGAAGAGAAGGAGAAAUCGCAGGAGGAGGAACAGGAUGCCAAACUCGAGAAGCUGCUGGACGACCGUCAGGAUCCAGCACCAGCAGAGGAGCCGUCGCGGCCUUCCAAGCAAAGUAAGUCUGCUGUUCUGGAUGCCCGCCUGGAGGGCAUCCAAAUCCAGGGAGCUCAACCAAAAGCCAGCGCUGCACAGAAGAUGAAGCAAGCAGCGAGGACAGCAGCUGCCAUCUCAUCGCUCAACCGCGAUGGUCCAGCAGGCGCUGCACGGACCUUCCACUCCGUGGAGGACUUCAAGGAUGACCCGAAGGUCAAAAUGCUUCGCGAGCACAUUGCGACAAAGGAUGGCCAGAUUGACCAAGCCCGGAAGCUACUGAAGCGAAUGCGAUUUGAGCGGCGGCUGCUUCGGUACUGUCGGAAGAAGGCGAAGGCUGGAUUUGACGACAUAGUGCAGGAGUUUGAGCCGCCCGUGUUUGAGGAUGUACCGUCCGCAGACGAUGUGUCCGAAGAAUCAGCCAGUGAGGAGGAGCCACCUCCGUCACCGCCUGCAGAGGGCGGGAAAGACCCAGAGGUGCCGCCGGAGUUGGAGAAGCCGAAGGAGUCAGAGAAGCCCAAGGAGUCCAAGGAGUCCAAGGAGUCCCAGGAGCUGAUGCAGUCAGAGGUGCCUGGGCAGCAAGAAAAGGCAGCCGCAGCGCACGCAGAGAACCACAAAGACGAAGAUGCUCCAGCUAGCCAAAGCCUGGUGAUCCCAGAGCGGAAGGGACCAAGCCUGGUCAGCAAGAUCAUGCAGUUGAGCAGCAAGAGCAACGAGGGCCUAGAGAUCGAGGCACAGCUGAAGAAAGAGGUCGAAGCCUUGCAAGCAACGCUAACUGACAGCUCCACCAGCUUGCGUGAGGAGAAGUCGCGUCAAAAAACGCUGCGCAAGGAGAUCAAAGACCUCCGCAAGGAGUUCCAUCAGCUUUCUUCUAGUGACCAAGAUGCCCCCAAGACAUUGGAAGGAUUGCAGGAGCAGAUCAAGUUUGAGGAGAAGGUAUAUCGUGACCUUCAAAAUCAGAUUGAUGAACUCAAGGCACAGGUUGGGCAGAAGUCAAUCAACAAAGCCGAAGGUACACCGCAGCACUCAGGCGAGGGCACGCAAACUGCACAACUGCAGCCAGUCGUGGUGGGACCGGAUGAUGCCAUGUCGCAUGAGACCAGCCCGGGUGCAGAUCGGUCGCGACCGCCCAGUGCAAGAGACGGAGACCAAACAUCAAGACCACCCAGCAGAGCUAUGACUCCCCAGAUGUCGGGGGUUGCCGUGGAGUCGCCGGAGUCCCCGACAAUUGCCGAACCACUGAGAUCUUCGAGCAUGCAGGCUGAACCUGCAGGGAGCUUCAGCGCAAAGCUGGACCCAUUGGGCAGAUCGUUCAGCGCCCGUGGCGAUCUUCCACCAGCGAGGUCUCCAAGUGCAAGGUCGGAUCAGCCCUCACGACCAUCCAGCUCCAGAAGCAUCCGAGAAACGCACGGUGACAUCGAAGAAGAUCCAGGGACAUCGGCAGGGAUGCCACAGGCUACGGAAGUCCCCGAACUGGGCGCUGCUGACACAAGAGACCUCCCUUCUCAACCCAGGGUGCAAGCGAUGCCUUCAACGGCUCAAGAAGAUGAGCGUUCUCCGACGAGUCUACAGAGACUGGCUGUACGCAGCCCUUCUGUGGGAAGCGAGGUGGCCGAGGCUGCAAACAAAGGCACAAUGUCGGUCCAAGAGGAGGCUACCAAUUCUGUCGCAGAGCUCGUGAAGGUCCAAGCACGCACAGAGGAAAUGCGGGAUGAAAUCCACGACAUUGAUGCCAAACUGAAAAAGCUUAAGGCAUUGCUCAAGAGUAAGGGUGAUGUCGACAUAGUUGUUGCUGUGCGUGAGAUCUUGGGCCUUGUGCAUGAGGAAGAGGUGAAAGCGCCGCCUGCGUAUCACCAGUUCCGACGUGAGCUGAAGGAUCAGCAGGACAAGAUUCGAAUACUACGCAAGAAAUGGUGGGACGACCACCGGGACUUCGAUGGCUUGGUAGACAAGGUGCGCAACCAGAUGGGUGGAAAUCGCAGCAUCUUCGCCGGACCAGACAGCAAGGAUCUAUCCGUGCAAGGAGCAGAGCAUGCGGCCGCUCCUGUUCAUGCUCACGACCUGGCAGAGUCUGGCCUUGGUGACAUUCAUGAGGUCAAGACGAACCAUGGCUUUCGAGGAUCUGUAGCUGCAGCUGCUGUAAGGCCACCGUCCAAAGAGCCAAGCCAGCCCGUUCAACCCAAGACAAACGAUAACCGCAGGCUUAGUGGGCUGAAGGGCUUCGGUGCUUUCAGCGCUAUGAAUCAAGGCACCGUGAUGAGGGCUGUUGCAGUGACGGACGACAAUCCCCGCUCGCGCUACUCGAAAGUCAUGCAGGCCACCCAGGUCACACAGGAGCGCAAGUCGCCGAGAUCACUUUUCGGGUAG